CUCUCUCCACAGCCUGGCUUAUGCUUGGUGCUGAAAAAGAGGGGGGAGGGUGGUCUUGCAGUCGACGAGAGGAACAGGACUUUAUUGAGGAGUAUAGCUGCAACGAGAGGGGAAAACGCAUGCAACUGAGCGCCGCUGCCUUUUGCGGAUGGUAACAAGAGGAAGAGGAAAAAGAAAAAAGGGGAAGAAAGGAUCGCGCCGGGGCUGAACGGACACUUUCUGCUGAGAAACUGCCGCUUGAAUUGUUUAACUUGUUGAUGCGACGCUAUUGUACCGUUUUCCUCUAUCGCCGGGCUGCAGUGACAGAUAGAUGGGAGGCGUAAUCGCAAGUGUUCUCUACCGAGGAUAGCUGUUUUAUUUCAACUCCCCGUGGAUACAGUUUAAAGAGCAGCCUUUCCUGAGAUGCAAUUCAUCUCCGAGUCGUAGCACUGUGAUCAGCGGAGCGGGGUCGUUUUUGAACCACUAGCACAGGUCAGCAUGGCAGCAGGUGUAGCGGCUUGGCUCCCCUUCGCCCGAGCGGCGGCCAUAGGAUGGAUGCCCGUGGCGAGCACCCCGAUGCCCAUCCCUCCCCAGGAGAGGAAGAAAGCCAAGGACGGACUCAUCAUCCUCAACGUGAGCGGCACCAAGUUCCAGACGUGGCGGAACACUUUGGAGCGCUACCCGGACACUUUGCUGGGGAGCACGGAGAGGGACUUCUUUUUCCACGAGGAGACGAGCGAGUACUUUUUCGACCGCGACCCGGACAUCUUCAGACACAUACUCAAUUUCUACCGCACGGGAAAACUACACUAUCCGCGCCAGGAGUGCAUAGCUGCCUACGACGAGGAGCUCGCCUUCUUCGGCAUCAUCCCGGAGAUCAUCGGGGAUUGCUGCUAUGAGGAGUACAAGGACCGGAGGCGAGAAAACGCGGAGAGGCUCCAGGACGACGAGGACUUAGACAAUGGCAAUGACGUCACGCCGGUGAACCUGACGCACCGGGAGUUCCUGUGGCGGGCUUUUGAAAACCCCCACACCAGCACCAUGGCUCUGGUCUUCUACUAUGUCACCGGGUUCUUCAUCGCCAUAUCGGUCAUGGCCAACGUGGUGGAGACGGUUCCGUGCGGGAUUCUGCCCAACAGGUCCAAGGAGCUUUCCUGCGGAGACCGGUACGCGCUGGCCUUCUUCUGUUUGGACACUGCUUGCGUCAUGAUAUUCACCAUCGAGUAUCUCCUCCGCCUGAUCGCGGCCCCCAGCCGCUACAAGUUCAUGAAGAGCGUGAUGAGCGUCAUUGACGUGGUGGCCAUCAUGCCCUACUACAUCGGCCUGGUCAUGACCGACAACGACCAGGUGAGCGGCGCCUUCGUCACCCUCAGAGUCUUCCGGGUCUUUCGGAUUUUCAAGUUCUCCCGGCACUCCGCGGGGCUGCGCAUCCUGGGCUACACGCUGAAGAGCUGCGCCUCCGAGCUGGGCUUCCUGCUCUUCUCCCUCACCAUGGCCAUCAUCAUCUUCGCCACGGUCAUGUUCUAUGCAGAGAAAGGCUCCACGUCCACCAAGUUCACCAGCAUCCCCGCGGCGUUCUGGUACACCAUCGUCACCAUGACAACACUGGGCUACGGUGACAUGGUGCCAAAAACAAUCGUGGGGAAGGUGUUUGGGUCCAUAUGCUCUCUGAGUGGGGUGCUGGUCAUCGCCCUGCCGGUCCCUGUCAUAGUGUCAAACUUCAGCCGCAUCUACCACCAAAGCCAGCGGGCGGAGAAGCGACGAGCCCAAAGGAAAUCGCGGCUUGCUAAAAUCCGUGCUGCGAAGAUUCGAGGCACUAAUGCCUAUAUGCGCUACAAACAAAAUGGGUUCCUGAUCAACUCACUGAAGGAGGCCUCCAAGGAGGCAGGAAAAGCCCUGGUGGCGAAGGCUGCCGGCCCUCCCUUUGAGAUCCAGCACCAUCAUCUGUUGCACUGCCUGGAGAAAACCACGAACCACGAGUUUGUGGACGAGCAGACGUUCCAGGCCAACUGCGUGGAGAUCUCCACGAUGAACAAGUCAGGGUCCCGCAACUCCUCGCUGUCGUCGUCGCCGCACAGACUCAGCUCGUGCUGCUCGCGACGAAACAGGAAGAAGAGCAGCUUCAGCCUGCCCAGCACAAACAACCAGGAGCUCAGCACCAUACAGAUCAGAGAGAGGCCAGUGGUCAACAGCCGCUCCUGCCUGAAUGCCAAACUCGACGGUACUGUGCCCUUGAAAUGUGACGAAGCUUACAUCACUCCCUCCAUGGUCCGCCUGUCUGCCCCGGUGAUGACCUCAUCGGACAGGGACGGCUCCACAACCGCCAUCGCGUACUCUCAGAGCAACAUUGUCCGAGUAUCUGCCUUGUAGAUGUCACGCUUAUCUUAUCAGCUAACUGGUCUUGAGGAGAACCAGAUGCUGAGGAGAGGGACCACCGAGCAUCAACCUGCCAUAAUCUAGAGGGAUUAUAAGAUUAGCAGAGGGGGGAGGGGGGUGUUUUUGAAGUAGUGAUCUCAUCUGAUGUCAAACUCUGCAUGGUAUUAAAAUGAUGUGGACGGCUUUCUUGGAAUAAAAGCGACCAGCAGAUCUUGCUACAUUAAGCACAGAAGAGCGAGGAAGGGUUUUGAGGAUUGCGUGUGUUUUUUUUGUUGUUGCCUAAACAUACUGAGAAAAAAAACUUUAUUUUUGAAUAUGUAAUGUUGGUGUAUUUGUUGUCUUCUGAUUCAGAGAAGGAAAAGAUGUUGUUUCAAGGUCAUGCUUGGUGACCUUAAUUGACAAAGCACAUGUUCAUUACCCAGGGGCCAUAUUUGUGAAUAUUCAAACAAUCUAUGUGCACUUUCACUUCAGUUAGCACCCAGUUAUAUAGAUUGUUUUUUCAAAAAACCCGAAUUGACUGGUUUCUAAUCGUCCCCUCACUGUUGUAAAUGCAGAAAUCAUGAAUCCACAGGAAUGAAUAACCGUUAUGAAUAUUCAUGAAAUGCCUCGUUAACAUGUCCAUGUCAUCGCUUGAUGAGUAAAAUAUGCUACCCAUCCUGACAUGUUUGUGAAAUGUGCAAGUGAAAGUCAAAACCACAAAAUAUGUGUUAGCUUACAUAUUUGACAUUCUGAUGUGAAUCUAAAUGUCGAAGCCAUCGUCAUCAAUGAAAAAAACAGGGUACAUAUUAGUUAGGUUACAAGGUAGAGAUGUAAGUGAAUGUUCUUUGCAACACUUAACUAAUACUAACCCUAAUGUGGACCCACAUAGUAUUGACCUGGGAAUCCAAAUGAAAGAGGGUUGACCAUCGAUUCCACUGAUUUCCUGUUAUAUCACCGCACUCAAAGGGAAGGUCGCAGUGUGUCAAAGGGCCAUUUUGUACAUUUUUCAUAUUGUAAAUAUCUCAGAACUUUAUCAACUGCAUUUGAAGUUGGCUCCUCUAAUUUCUAGAUUUAGUUGACAGUUGUUGGCAUUCUCUUUCUGUCUGUUACCUGGUUGAAUUAAGGAUUUGCAUGCUGUCAUUGCAGAAUUCUGUUUUAUUAAAAGUAUGUCUCUU